AUGGAGAGAGCGCUCUUAUAUUUGGGACUGGUGACACUCGCCACCUCAUUUACAGUAAGUUAUAAAUCAUAUUUUACACUAUGUGAUACAGUAAACUCCUGUUUGAGACUCACUCUGGUUUGUUCCUUUUAGUUACCUCCAACCCACGAGGUUCACGGUAAGUCCGGCUAAUGAUCAUGUGUGAAGUUACUUUAAAAAUAGAGACAGUGAGGAGACUCUGAGCGGUGUCUGUGUUCUUGUUACAGAGGUGUAUGAGAAUGGAGAGGAUGAGAACCCCUUUCAAAAUCUGGGUGAGAUUCAACUUUUCAAAAUAAGAGCUGAAUCUUUCUCGCGGGUGUUUCUUUUCUUGAAAAUGUUGCUCUGUUGCAGGCUCAGAUACAGAUCUGUUUGAAGGAGAUAUUUUAAGAAAGGUACGUGUUUUUCUUUUCUAUGCUCAGUCAUUAAGUCGCUGCACAUGUUUGCACUUUUGACUGACUUGCAUAAUCUUGGCGAGGAAACAGUUUCAGAUAACAGCCCUGAUGUUAAAGAUUGUGCUUUUAUUAUUAUUGUGCUGUGAUUGAGUUUAUUGUGUUUUUAAAAAGUUCGUCUCUCUGUUACAGAAAGGAAAGAAUGCGCUUAUCGACGAAUCAUACAGAUGGAAAAUGCCAAUCCCUUACAUACUGGGGGAUGAUUUGGGUGAGUCUAACCAUUGAUCUGAAACACCUUUAGAUUUAGUGAGAAGUAAUAAUACAAAUAUCUGUUUUAUUUUGCAAAUGUUUCUUCCUCUCUUCAGAUCUCAACGCUAAGGGAUGUGUCCACCAGGCUUUUGAAAUGUACCGACUCAAGUCUUGUGUCGAUUUCAAGCCCUACGAGGGAGAGAAGACGUACAUCAAGUUUGAGAAGAGAGGAGGGUACGAUGACAGCUCUUACUCAUGUUAGCUGGUUUUACAAAAUCCACUAAAGGUCACAGACUUGGGGGUGAAAAUGUCACUGAUUGGACUGAGAGAGUGGGUGAGUGGUUGGCGGGUUGGUUGGCCAGAAAAGGAGCUGUUAGUGUGGAUGUAGGUGCCUUGUCUUUUAGUGGAGGUUGUACCUUGAGGUACAGAUGGGUAUCAUCAGCGUAACAAUAACUUUUCCAUGCCGGAUCACAACUUCAGACUGCUUUUAUCGUCACAGGUGUUUCUCCAUGGUUGGCGACCAGCAGAACGGUCAAAUUCUGUCCUUGGGUCCGGGCUGUGACCACAAAGCUGUGAUCGAACAUGAACUUCUGCACGCUGUAGGGUUUUACCACGAACAGUCCCGUACGGACAGGGACGACUAUGUUGACAUCUGGCUGGAAGAGGUCACUCCAGGUAACUGUCUGGUCCAUGAACUGACCUUUGAUAACCUCUGACGGAAACAUUAAACAUGAUUAUUCCCACAGGAUACGAACACAACUUCAACAAAUACAACGACGACUUCAUUACUGAUCAAAACACGGCGUACGACUAUGAGUCCAUCAUGCAUUACAGGCCCUUCUCCUUCAAUAAGAACGAGUCUGCUCCCACGGUAACCACCAAAAUCCCAGAGUUCUUCAACAUCAUUGGACAGUACCUGGACUUCAGCAAGAUGGACACCCUCAGGCUCAACCGGAUGUACAACUGCUGUAUGUAGACGAUGCAAACUUCAAUUUAUUUGAAGUAUUUUGAACCAGAAAAUGGGUUUAAGAUUUUGAAAUAACUCCUCCCUAGCUGGUCCGCUCACCCUGCUGGACCAGUGCGCCUUUGAGUACGCCAGCAUCUGCGGUAUGGUCCAGGUUUCCCCCGACGAUGCUGAUUGGGUCCAUUCCAAGAGCAGCGUGGGCAACGAGGAUCACACAGUGCUCGGACAAUGCCGAGGUCAGAGUUCACAUAAAAAAAAAAACAUUGACCACGGUUAAGCUGUAUGCUAAGAUAGCUGAUCUCCUUCUGUUUGACUCCACAGACGCCGGGUACUUCAUGCACUUCAACACCAGCACUGGGAAGCCUCAAGAGACUGCUCUGCUGGAGUCUCGAACCCUCUACCCCAAAAGAAAGCUGCAGUGUCUGGAGUUCUUCUACAAGAUGACUGGAAACUUGACCGACAGACUGGUGAUCUGGGCCAAAGUCGAUGACGGCACAGGCACAGUGCGUCGCAUGAAGAAAUUACACACCAUACAUGGUACUUAUGAAGUUUACUUAGGCGGCCUAAACUACAGAAGAUACCAGAAACCAUUCAUUAGUCACAUUUGUAUCUUUACAAGUUAGAUUUUCAGACUGAUUUCGAUCGUUAUACUGAGGUCAAACCUUGUUAACUUUGUAGUAAACAACCCCCCCGCUCUCUAUUCCGACAUUACAGCCAAAAUACUAAUAUUCAUCAUCUUGUCCUUUUCAUUCACCCAGCUGACACCGACCACUCGUGGAAGAUCGCUCACGUUCAGAUGGAGAUCGGGGUUAAAUUCAGGUACGCCUUCCAGGCUGUGCGAGGCAAUCCCGCCGGAUCAUCAGGUGGCAUUUACAUCGACGACAUCAGCCUCUCUGAAACCCGUUGCCCUAACGCUGUUUGGAGGAUCCAGAAUUUCUCCCAGAUCAUGGCGACAGCUGAUAACAACACUGUUAUCAACAGCCCUCGUUUCUACAGCCGAGAAGGGUACGGCUACGGCGUGCGGCUCAUCCCUUUGUCAAGUUACUCCGAUUACACAGGGAACUACGUAGGGCUGUAUUUCCACUUGGCUAGUGGGGAAAAUGAUGCGGUGCUGAAGUGGCCGGCAGUCAACAGGCAGGCAACGCUGGUGGUGAUGGACCAGAACCCGGAUAUUCUGCAGAGGAUGUCUACUGCACGGAGUCUCACGACUGACAUGAAGCCCUGUAAGUCCUGAACAUCUAUGAUACCCUUACUCAAAGAAAGUAGGAGACAUUUGGAGGACCUUGAUGUGCUUUAGUCUUUCAAUGCAGGCUGAGCCCAGGGUACUAUAGUCAAUAGGAGUCAUGUUAUUCCGUCCACUAGUUGUUCUGGGGAUUAAAGGAUGGACUGAGCAUCACCAAUAUUCAAACAUUCAUAAAAUCAAAAACAACAGACUCCCUCAUGUAUUGUUGGCUCUUUCUCUUUGUGUCCAGUAUCAGAUGGGAAGCUGUUAUGGGACAGGCCCUCCAAGGUGGGGGUUUAUGAUGCUUCCUGUGAUUGCCACAGAGGUCCAUCAUGGGGCUGGCGAAACUUUGUCAAGCACUUCGACCUCAACCGAAGGGAUUACCUCAAGAACGAUGACCUCUUCAUCCUAACUGAUUUUGACGGUAGGCGGCCAUCUCUGUUGAGGACUAAUUUACCUUGUUGUGGGGUUUCAGCCAAUCAGAAUCAAACACUUAACAUCUGUGUUUAUUACCAAGUUUUCUACUGGUGUUGUAAAAUGUUCCAGGAUGCAGACUUGAGUGUCCGUUUCUGUGUCCACAGAUAUAACAUCACUCAUUAAAACAGAGGUCCCCAUUAAUCCAAAGGUUUAAGACCGUUCAGGAUGGAGGUAAGAGACUGAACACAUUUAAUUUUAGAAAAUGACGUAAAUAAUAUCAUCAUUUAUGUUUUUUUUCUAUUUACAAUUUUUUUCUAUUUACAAUCUCCAGAUGUUCUGAAGAAGAUGGGAUCAGGAGAAAUAUGAAACAUGACAAAGAAAAGAGGAUGACACUGCACUGCUUCGACUCAGUUUCGCAAGAGUUAAAAUUCCUGCACUAUUUUUUUCCAAACUCUUUCUGACGUAGAUUUUGUCUUUGAGUUAAAGUCUGUCUUGUGAAAAAAUGAAAAUAAAAAUAUCAAAGAUGGCUGCUGUUUCAGUGUCACAAAAGCUGCACACCACACACACGGACAAACACACACAAGUUCACAAGUUCGAGUCUUCUGUGGUCGUCUUUAUUAACUUUUAUUUACCUCCACAGAAUCCAAUUAGCUAAUUUUAUUACAUCCACACACCACCCCGAGUUUUUAAGGUCCAACAUAAAGGGGUCAACACAGAGUUGCCAAGCGUAUGAUAAUUAUCGUAUUUGUACGAUAAUUUUGCUCUCUGUACGAUGUACCAUCGAUAACCCAGAAAAAAGGCUAAAUGUACGAUAAUUUGACAGUUUUGUGAACGCUUGGUGCAACGGAACUGUCUCAGUCUGCCAGACACCUUAAUUUUCAGUUUUUUUAUUCGCGAACCCUAAAGGCAUGUUUAACCACGUGAUGUUUCCAUCCAAUCGUGGUUUCAGUGACGUUUGUUUGCAAACAACAACCAUGAUUGGCUGUCAAUCAUGCUCAGGUGAAAAGUCAGUUGAGAAAAAUGGUUAAAAGAAAUCCUUUUCAUCACCUCAGACCACAGGAUAGGCAGGAAAACCUGCUGGAAUAAGCUGUCCAACGCUGCGUUCGAGUUACCUGGGAUGUCCGAAUAUAAAGCAAGCGCUAAAGUAACUUUUGUAGAUGUAGCCAUCUUGUUUCAGGCCUCAAAUUUUGUUUUUUCCCAACUUGGUAACUGAAACGCUGGUAAUUCGGGUGUGAUGUCAUUAAUUGAAAUACAUUUGGUCAGAACGUCUUUCCAAGGACUUCCAAGAAGUCCGAGCUGAAAAUGACGUCACUCCUGAGUUCCCAGCAUUUCAGUUACCAAGUUGGAAAUAAGCAAAAUUGGAGGCCUGAAACAAGAUGGCUACAUCUACGAAAGUUAUUUUUGCGCUUGCCUUGUUUGAAUAUAAGGUACGCUGGUAACUCGGGUGUGACAUUGUUUUAUUCUAAGUCAAGUCACAGCUCAAAACUGGCUCAGACCUCUUGACAUCCACAAAAGAAACCGGUCUUGACACUUUUUAAUCACAAAUCAAAUCACAUUUAGCUGGACUUUCAAGAUACAACUUAGUUUAAAGAGCUAAAAUCAUCAAAACACGUCGUCAAAAAUUAAAGUAAGAAGAAAUAUGAUGGUUUCUACAAAGUGGACGUUUUCUGUUUGUUCCUUCUAAAGAUUCGAGCAUGAAAACUGACCCUGACCCUGACCUGGACGACCCUCCCCUCCAGUUUGACAGCCAAUGGGAGGCCUUUUAGCUGCCUCCAGGAUGCUCUUUAGUUUUACUGUCCUCUCCACUCUGACCCAGCAUCAUGCAAAUUUUCUUGGCUCACCACAACAAGGAGAUCUUUUCGAUUGAGUUCAAUAAAUAAAAGACACUGCUGCCAGCUGGUCAGAGGUCAAACCCACAAACAACAUAAUUACCCGCAGAGCUCAUCAAUCCUUCACUAAGUUCCCUCUGUACAGACCGGGCAUUUAACAGCUCAGACCAUUUCUGCGUGUCAGCAGAAACAGGAGUGAGGAUGAGUGUGAAAAGCCUGUCACUCAUUAAACUCUCUAAUCAGGAUCAAAGUUCCUCUGAGGCUGUUUUUUAUGAGCAUGUUCACUUAUGCAAAGACACAACAUUUGCUGCAUGAAUCACAACAUGGGUUCGAGGGAGAGCAGGUGGAAAAUUGCAGCAUUAAUUGGAGUCCUGGUGGUUUUAAAGGUGGGAAACCGUGAGUGAGUUUGUGUUCAGUCUGUUUCUGUCUAAACGGCUUACACUGAGUCCUGUCUCCUCUUCUGUUCCAGGUUCAAGCUGCUCCAACAGGUUCUGGUUCUGUUGUUCUGGUUUUCUGAUCAAAUGGAUUUUAAAGGUUUGUCACUUUUCUGCUCUAAUAGUAAAUUCAUCCUUCAGGUCAUAACGCAGACGCUGGAGAGCUGAGGGAUGACAUCCUGGAGAUCAACAGAGGUGAACUUUAUUUCUUGUUGCUGGUACUUGCCCUCUGAUCAUACCCUUUGUGACAAAUUUUGAAUAUUUUCAGGGUUGAACCUGUUUGAGGGAGACAUCGCCGGUAAUGUAAGUAUACAGAGAUGCUGCUUGCAGAUGUUUGUCAAGAACUCAAAAACCUUUAUUUCUCUUAAAUCUGUUGAUGUGUUUUACAGCCAAGCAGAAAUGCAAUCCUUGACCCGACGAAGAGAUGGACCUUUCCCAUCCCUUAUAUCUUAACGGACUCCUUAGGUACAAAGAGCGUAAAAUUCACAUUUCUAAAAAAAAUAAUAAAAAAACUUUGUAGGUUAAAUAUGACUGUUUUCAAUCUCUGCAGAGCUCAACGCCAAAGGUGUAAUCCUCCAGGCGUUUGAGGAGUACCGUUUGAGAUCCUGCGUGGAUUUUAAGCCCUAUGAGGGUGAGACCAGCUACAUCUCCUUCACCAAGCUGACCGGGUGAGUGAGCUGGUGUACGACACAAAUGUAACUCCAAUAAAGAGAGGCACAAAGAAGUGAAGAAAAGCCAAGACAGAGAUCUGAUUUGAUAUGAGACGACUCUUUAACUUUCUCAUCUCACUGCUGCAGAUGUUGGUCGUAUGUCGGGGAUGAUAAAGUUGGCCAAAAUAUCUCCAUCGGGGAAAGAUGUGACACCAAAAGUAUCGUGCAGCACGAGCUCCUCCACGCUCUGGGCUUUUACCACGAACAGUCUCGCUCUGACCGAGACGACUACGUCAAGAUCAUGUGGGAUCAGAUUGAAGAGGGUAAGUCCCUGUACACUGGGUUAUAAUUUAAUGUUAUAUUUACUUAAAGACCCACUCCGAUGAAAAUCAUGUUUUUCUUUUUUUCAUAUGUCAUUUUUCUGAUGCAACAGGACAUAUCAUGAGAAAACUAAAUGUGAAAUUGCUUUUCUGAGUAUUUCUCCAUUUAAAUCUCUGUGAAUCUCUGGCAGACCCAAACAGCAGGUUCAGAAACAGUGAGAUUUCCUAUGUCACAAAACCAAGCUCCGCCCCCGGAGCCCUGCUAUGCAGGCCAGAUUCAGACAAGUAGAGUAUUCAUACUUAUUCAUACUUUCCAACUGUUUUCAUUCAGUUUCGUAACGAGAGAUAGUUUUCUCCAAAAUAGAAAGUGUUGUUUGAUGUAGAGUAGCCUAAACUAUCCCACUGAGCAUUGUUUGGUCUAAAGAGGUCUAAAUGUAGCCUAGACGACUGGUCUAAAACCAGGCUACCACAGGUCUAAAAAUGAAAUUUUUUUAGACGUCCAUAUUUAGACCAGGUCUAAAUCUGAGCUAUAUCUAUACUAUGCUGUAUAUUUCUCCAUGGCUAUCAUAAUUAUUCUGGUUAAGCACUCAGAGAUCAGUAAUGCGACUCACAGUUGCUUUUUGAAAUAAAUAGUUAUGGAAUAAUGAGUUAAAGUGCAACAUCUAAAUUUAGUCUCAUUGCCGUCUAUUGCUCAGUGGGUAAUUAAGUUUAUGAUCUCACGUGUUGCCCCGCCUCAGUCCCUCCUCUCCUUAACUUGAUUGUGUUUUUAAGACUUCCAUAAACAUCCUGAUAAUACUGUUAUCUUUAGUUUUAUGGCCACAAUAAUAUGAGGUAAAAGUCUGAUUUUUCACAGGAAAGGGGCAUAAUUUCAAUAAGUAUGAAGAUGACAUCGUCACCGACUUGAAUACGGCGUAUGAUUACGAGUCCAUCAUGCACUACAGACCUCAUUCAUUCAACAAGAACGAGAGCAUCCCCACCAUCGUCACUACCAUACCGUACUUCAAUGAUGUGAUUGGCCAGCGGCUGGACUUCAGCGCCAUUGACAUCACCAGACUCAACCGGAUGUACGACUGUGGUGAGUGAGACCUUUUUUCUGAGGAACCAAAGUUCACAAACACAGCUGUGGACUUUUCAUCAGUUUGUUAUUAACUUUCCUUUCCAGCCAAUUCACACACCCUCCUGGACCAGUGCUCCUUUGAGCUUAUCAACAUCUGUGGGAUGAUUCAGAAUGAGGAAGAUGACGCAGACUGGGUCCAAACUCUGAGCACCCCAACUGAUACGGACCAGACCUUGGCAGGGCGCUGUAAAGGUACAGAGAGGAAGUUUUUAUGUGUAGUAAGAGGAAACAAACUUCUGGCCUUAAACUCAUGGUCAAACAUUCGCCCCUCUGUCUUUAGAGUCCGGCUACUUCAUGAAGUUUGACACGUCCUCUGGUGCAGCUGGAAGCAGCGCCAUACUGGAGUCCCGAAUUCUCUACCCGAAGAGGGACGAGCAGUGCCUGCAGUUUUUCUACAAAAUGACCGGACCACCUUCGGAUAAACUUGUCAUAUGGAUCAGGACUGAUGAUGGGACCGGGGCUGUUCAGAGUGUCAAAAAGAUCCAAACGAUUUCAGGUAUUUUUGUUCUUCAUUCAAACUGCAGUUUUAUGCUUAUUUCUUUACACUUAAAGUCCUGGUUGACGAUCUGAGAAGCAGUUGAAAAAAACUGAGACGUUGAGGCAGAUUUGAAAAAAGCGUCCCCCCUCCCGUCUUAUGUUGCCAUUUAAGAUGUUUUUAACAAACUAAACAGCUUAGAAAUCAUGUGCAACUUCAGUUAUGUUGAAUCGAAAGAGCAUUUCUGCCACUUUAACUGUUGUAAAAUUGCUUGGUCAACUUUGUAAUAUGUACUUGGUCUCACUCACAGCGAGUCUCUUAGCCAAAUUAGACAGCUGAUAAACACGAGCACAUCCACAAAGACUGUCACUUAGACAAGAAAAAUAUCUAGGCUGUCAUACAAGAAAUGAAAAUCUCGAUUGUAGUCUGAGCCUUGAAAACUCAAAAGUUAGCCCUUGCGCGCAUAUAGCUGUGAAACAACUGUGCUUCAUGAUUUUUUUCUCAUAGUAAAUCUGCCAUUUCGAUAUGUCCAAGCAUCCCGACUCAUAGCCACGUGAUUAAGGUCUGUAAUAAACAAAACUAUUUGUAAAUCUGUCAAGAUUUCAGCGAGUUAAGAGUAUUUUUGACCAUGCAGACUACUCACCUUCCAUCUCGCUACCAUACAAUGUAUCAGAAUGGUAUACUGAAGUAAGAUGGCCGCCGUGUACAGACGCUGGUGACUCUGUCUCGAUUCAUCUGGCCUUUCUUAUAUAUGUAUAUGGCUCAGAUCCCCGAGGAGGGCCGGGAGAGUGGGAGGGGACGAGUCGGAACUAUGGGAAAGGGGUGUGUAGAAUACAGCGAGGUGAUUGGAAGAAGAGAGGCGGAGCAGGAGAUUGACCAAUAGGAGCUGUCCAGGACAGAUGGCUCCCAUUGGUCAAUGUUUUUGCAGCCCUGAAUCUGCGAAGGUGAACGGAUUUUCCCCAUUCUUUUUUCUCUUCACUCUGUGGAGAUCACACUAUAGGACCAUGAUCACCAUAGAAACGAGGUUCAUAAUAAUUUCCAACCUCUCCAAUCAUCAACCAUGCCUUUAAACGGACCUCAAAGUAAAAUUUAAGUAUUCUGCUUCUUAUCUUUAAGCUGAUGGAGAUGAUGCCUGGAAAAUCGCCCAUGUGACCCUCAAAGUGACUGAAAAGUUCAGAUACUUCUUCCAGGGCAUUAAAGGAUCAUCCAGCUCCACUGGCGCCAUCCUCAUCGACGACAUCACUCUUUCUGAAACCGUUUGCCCUCACCUGGUUUGGCAAAUCCACAACUUCACCGGCUUGAUGGCCAGCACCCCUCCAGGCGAUUCUAUGGAAAGCGAUUGCUUCUACAGUCCAGAGGGAUACAGAUUUGGUAUCAGCGUUUAUCCAAACGGAGAUGAUGCGGCUUACCCUGAUUAUGUCGCCAUGUUCCUGCACCUCUGCAGUGGGGAAAAUGACGGGGUGAUGCAGUGGCCUGCUCAAAACAGACAGGUGACCUUUGUGGUCAUGGACCAGGACCCGGAUGUAAAACUGAGGAUGUCUUCAACGAGGAGCUUCACAACAGGUGGGCAGAAUGACGCCUUCAGCUGGAUGACAUGGUGACAUGCUGCAGCUCAGUUUUUUUCUUCAGGUUUUCAUGAGCUGGUGAAACUAUCGAUCAGAUUUAAUGAAAUCACAGCAUAUCAUUCACGCAUUUAUUUUUUUUUACUGUUUUUACAGAUGAUAGUGCAUUCUGGGAUAGACCAACCGCAGAUUCAGGAGCCGUGUACGAUCCCAACUGUGAGUGUUACCGCGGUGUGGAAGACGGUUGGAGCACAUUCAUUUCCCACAAGCAACUGCAGAAGAGGAGCUUCCUCAAGAAUGACGACCUGAUCAUUACUGCAAACUUUGACGGUGAGUUUUUUUUUUCUCCAAACAGCUGAUAUUCUCGUCCAUCAUGAUUCAUAUCUCCGGCAUGUUUUUGUUUUUCCAGAUUUGACCCACCUAAUAAACACAGAAGUCAAACCACUUGCCCCGAGUAAGGAUGAUGUCCCGGCUGUUUAAAAUGGAAAUGAACUGAUUGGAGGCGUGUCUGGAGCCAUGGUGCUGCUGACCUUCGCCGUCUACACUGUCAUCAGGAGAGCUCAGUGAGGUGUGCGCUCACUCACACGUGGGGCUGUACAUAUCACCAAUCUGCAUCAACGCUUGGCUCACAGACAGACAACCAUUGGCACAAGUAUAGCAUCAGUCGUGCGUUUACUGUGUAUUGAAUCUUCUGAUCUUUCUGAUCCUUGAUCAUCCGACACAAAACAAAAAACGGAGCUGCUGUUUCUCCGUUCCUAAAUCUGGAAAAACACACAAACGUCAUUUUACCAACAAUUCCUGCUUAUAUUAUGUCUUUUUUUGUGGUUUAUUGAAAAACCUUUAAAUGUAACUAUAUUAAUAUUGUAAUCUGCACACUGCACAUAAAAAAAUCCUGUUUUUUAAAAUAACCUCCUGCUCUGAUAAUAAAGAUUCUUCAUUAAGGAUUUCAGACUUGCAUGAUUAUUAAAAUACAUCUGUAACUAAACUGGAGUCUGGUUCAGACUUAAACUCACGCAGUUUUAUCAAAAUUAACCCUCAAGACAUAUUUAAUCCCAAGACUUAGGGUGUUAGUUUCUGCUCAUGUUUGCUUUAAAUAUAUUAAUAAAAAUAUAUGAUCCAAUUUAUUUAAAACAGCAGAUUCAACAAAGCUGCCUCUCAGUUGUUCACUGAUAUUAUGAAGCAGCGCUCCUGUGCAGUUAUCUUUAAGCAUAUUUGACUCUGACACACUAUCCAGGAAAACUGAUUCAGGCUAGGAUCCAAUCACACGGCUUAAAAUUUGAUACUGCUCUGAUUUACACCUGUAAUUGCUGAUUUGAGGUUUUGGAAAAACAGACAAUAACAUGAGGAAAGUGUAGCGAGAGCAGAUGUGUACCUGUUGAGUAGGGAACAUAUAAGGGGACGGACACACAGGAAGUAUAGGUGUGUGUGGAUGCAGAGAUGCAAAUGAAGUGAACUGCAGACUGACAGAUGUCUCCUGUCUGAAAGUUCAUACAGACUGCCUGAACACGGCAAUUAAAGGAUUUAUCGUCUUUGUAUCUGACUUCACCAGGUAAGUUUUAUUUCACUUUAAUCACCACCAAAUACGUGCAAAUCUUGUAUCAUUUAAGUUCAAACUGCACCUCAUGUUGCAUGUUUUUUCUGAGUUUGUUUUUGUGUGUGCCAACUUUAAGGUGGGGUAGUUAGGAUCUGAGGAAGUGCCAGUAUUUGGGAGCCAUCUUGAACUCUACCCCUCCAAACAAGUUUUCCCCUCAGCUCCUCCUCUCCCCUUCCUCUCAGCUCCAGCAAGCCCCGCCCACAAACAGACGCUCCUGCUCGCUCGUAUCGUUUCAAUUAAAUUUGGAUAUAAUGCAGAUAAAUACUUCAGAUCAUUACAAAUGGGGCCCAGUCAAGGUGAAAGUCAAAAGCAUUGAUGCUACUGUAGAUGCCAACAGACUACCAGCAAACACAAUGUUUGCAGGACUUCUACAACGAGGAUAAAGUGACAUAGUCCAGGACCCGAGGGAGGACAGUUUAGCGAUGGCGCUACAACACGCUACAGCAGGUCGGUUUGACAAGAAACACUUCUGUUACAGACACUUGUCUUACUUUGUUAAAGCGGUUUACCUGUCCAGCAGAAAGGUUACAGGGUCACCAAGAUCCCCAAGCGUCCCCCAUCGUUUAUGUUGACCCGGCUUUUUAGCUCUUGUCCGGUCUACCUCCGUUUUAAGCGCCCGUUAUUCCUCCAGAGUCUCCGGUAUUUACUUUGUUUUCUUGCUUGUGUCGGCAGUCGUGGCCAAAGGAGGAUUCAGACAAUUUUCCGAACUUUCUGGUUGGUUUCUACUGUCCGAUAUUGUAGCACGCUAACUUUGUUUGGGCUCCUGAACGACACGGGGGAGCAGCGUCUGCCUCACAACCAAUCAGGUCGGGGAGGUUGAGAAUGGCUUUGUUUACAGUCAGAAAGAGCGGACCACUCUAAAAAUUUUAAAAUGUUAACUACACAGACUAAACAAAACACAGUGAUAUCGUUAUAUUACCAAACGUCAUCAAUAACUAAUAGCUAUUGACUGAUAUUAAAGCUUUUUUGUAAAUACACCACAAAAACAGAUGCUUAACGGAUUCCUGCCGACCCUGCCUUUAAGUUUUGCUGUCCUCUCCACUCUGACUUUGCACAAUGCAAAUUUUCUUUGCUCACCACAACAGGGAGACAGUUUUGAUACAGUCAAUGUGGAUUAUUGCGAAACUUUAAGAAAAGACACUGCUGCCGGCUGGUCAGAGGUCAGUCAACAUAAUUACCCACAGAACUCAUCAAUCCUUCACUAAGUUCCUUCUGUAUUCAACGGCAGAAACAGGAGUGAGGAUGAGUGUGAAAAGCCUGUUACUCAUUAAACUCUAUAAUUCAGAUCAAAGUUCCCCUGCACCUCUUUUUAUGAGCAUGCUCACUUACGCGAAGAGACGACAUUAACUGCUCAGAUCACAACAUGGGUUCGAGGGAGAGCAGGUGGAAAAUUGCAGCAUUAAUUGGAGUCCUGGUGGUUUUAAAGGUGGGAAACUGUGAGUGAGUUUGUGUUCAGUCUGUUUCUGUCUAAACGGCUUACACUGAGUCCUGUCUCCUCUUCUGUUCCAGGUUCAAGCUGCUCCAACAGGUUCUGGUUCGUAGUUCUGAUUUUCUGAUCAAAUAGAAUUUAAAGGUUUGUCGCUUUUCUGCUCUAACAGUAAAUUCUUCCUUCAGGUCGUAACGCAGACGCUAGAAAGCUGAGGCAUGGGAUACUGGAGAUCAACAAAGGUGAACUUUAUUUCUUGUUGCUGAUACAUGCCCUCUGAUCAUACCCUUUGUGACUAACUUUUAUAUGAACAUUUUCAGGGUUGAACCUGUUUGAGGGAGACAUCGCCGGUAAUGUAAGUAUACAGAGAUGCUGCUUGCAGAUGUUUAAACUUAAAAACCUUUAUUUCUCUUAAAUCUGUCGAUGUGUUUUACAGCCAAGCAGAAAUGGAAUCCUUGACCCGACGAAGAGAUGGACCUUUCCCAUCCCUUAUAUCUUAACGGACUCCUUAGGUACAAAGAGCGUAAAAUUCACAUUUCUUAAAAACAAAUAACCUCGUAGAUUAAAUAUGACUGUUUUCAAUCACUGUAGAGCUCAACGCCAAAGGUGUGAUCCUCCAGGCGUUUGAGGAGUUCCGUUUGAGAUCCUGCGUGGACUUUAAGCCUUAUGAGGGUGAGACCAGCUACAUCUCCUUCAUCAAGGAGGACGGGUGAGUGAGCUGGUUUAUGACACCAGUGUGAUGGUGUGAUUUCAUACAAGACGACUCUUCAACUUUCUCAUCUCACUGCUGCAGAUGUUGGUCGGAUGUCGGGGAUAAAAAAAUUGGCCAGAAUAUCUCCAUCGGGCUAGGAUGUGACUCCAAAAGUACCGUGGAGCACGAACUUCUCCACGCUCUGGGUUUUCUCCAUGAACAGUCUCGCUCUGACCGAGACGACUACGUCAAGAUCAUGUGGGAUCAGAUUGAAGAGAGUAAGUUGCUGGAUAUUUCUAUUUUUAAGAAAAGUUUAUAAUUUCAAUUCAUAUUCAAUUUAAUCCACGUUAUAUUCACUUAGCAGGAUUCAGGAGAAUAGCCGAAUGCUAGCAAACUAGCUGUAGCACCCCUUUGAGACACGAUCGAGCACUUUUUAAAAAUACUUAAAUAUUUUCCAACUGUUCUCAUCCAGUUUUGUAAGGAGAGAUAGUUUUUCCCAAAAUAAAAGCGUACUUUGAUGUAGAGCAGCCUAAACUAAUGAAGUUCGAGACGUUGGCUGUUGCCCCGCCUCAGUCCUCCCUCUCCUUAACUUCAUUGUGUUUUUAAGACUUCCAUAAAUAUCCCGAUAAUACUGUUAUCUUUUAAUUUUAUGGUGACAAUAAUAUGAUGUCAAAAUCUGAUUUGACACAGAGGAGGAGCAUAAUUUCAAUAAGUAUGAAGAUGACUUAAUCACGGACUAUAACACGCCAUAUGAUUACGAGUCCAUCAUGCACUACGGACCUUAUUCAUUCAACAAGAACGCCAGCAUCCCCACCAUCGUCACCAUCAUACCCGACUUCAGCGAGGUGAUUGGCCAGGAGCUGGACUUCAGCGCCCUCGACAUCACCAGACUCAACCGGAUGUACGACUGUGGUGAGUGAGACCUUUUUUCUGAGGAACCAAAGUUCACAAACACAGCUUCAGACGUUUCAGUAGUUUGUUAUUAACUUUCCUUUCCAGCAAAUUCACACACCCUCCUGGACCAGUGCUCCUUUGAGCUUAUCAACAUCUGUGGGAUGAUCCAGAAUGAGGACGAUGACGCAGACUGGGUCCAAACUCUGAGCACCCCAACUGAUACGGACCAGACCUUGGCAGGGCGCUGUAAAGGUACAGAGAGGAUGUUUUUAUGUGUAGUAAGAGGAAACACACCUCUGACCUUAAACUCAUGGUCAAACAUUCGCCCCUCUGUCUUUAGAGUCCGGCUACUUCAUGAAGUUUGACACGUCCUCUGGUGCAGCUGGAAGCAGCGCCAUACUGGAGUCCCGAAUUCUCUACCCGAAGAGGGACGAGCAGUGCCUGCAGUUUUUCUACAAAAUGACCGGCCCACCUUCGGAUAAACUUGUCAUAUGGAUCAGGACUGAUGAUGGGACCGGGGCUGUUCAGAGUGUCAAAAAGAUCCAAACGAUUUCAGGUAUUUUUGUUCUCCAUUCAAACUGCAGUUUUAUGCUUAUUUCUUUACACUUAAAGUCCUGGUUGACGAUCUGAGAAGCAGUUGAAAAAAACUGAGCCGUUGAGGCAGAUUUGAAAAAAGCGUCCCACCCCCCACACACAAACCUCUCCCCUCUGUGCUCCAUGAUAACUUCCCCCCAAACCUGUAUCGCCCUCUCCAUGAUACACCCCCUCUGGCAGAGCAAGAAGCCGACCGGCAGAAGAUCCUACGCUAGCUUCAAAUAGGAUUCACCAUGUUGGAUUGCUAAUGACUAGUGGCAGUACACGCCAGCUCUGCUAGCGAGCGCCAUCUGCAGCUGCCUGUUGACAUUACAGAGACGAAUAAGAGUUAUUUAUGUAACAUGUGCCACGAUAAAAGGCGAUAAAAAUUACCUGUUCAACAAGAACGAAGGAUGACCCGAUGUUUAUUCGAGUUAAAUUCCUCGCUUGGUCACAUUUCCUCUUCGUCUCCGCCCUUUCUUCUGUCAACUUGCGUUGGCUUAGCACUUUUGGCGGAGGGGCGAGUAGAAGUGUUUUUUUUUUUUUUUGCAACCUUCUCCAUCACAGCGCCUGUAGCUAAGCUGCUACGCUACUUUUAGCCGCUCAGAGCUCCGAGGACUGUCGGGGGAGUGGGAGGGGAUGAGUCAGAACUACAGGAGAGGGGUGUGUCGAAUACAGCGAAGUAAUUGGAUGGUGAGGCGGAGCAGGAGAUUGACCAAUAGGAGCUGUCCAGGACGGAUUGCUCCCAUUGGUCAAUAUUUUUGCAGCCCUGCACCUCCUUGGGUGAAUGUAUUUUUCCUAUUCUUUUUUCUCUUCACUCUGUGGAGAUCACACUAUAGGACCAUGAUCGCCAUAGGAACAAGGUUCAUAAUAAUGACCAAUCUCUCCAAUCGUCAACCAUCCCUUUAAACGGACCUUAAAGUAAAAUUUAAGUAUUCUGUUUCUUAUCUUUAAGCUGAUGGAGAUGAUGCCUGGAAAAUCGCCCAUGUGACCCUCAAAGUGACUGAAAAGUUCAGAUACUUCUUCCAAGGCAUUAAAGGAUCAUCCAACUCCACCGGUGCCAUCCUCAUCGACGACAUCACCCUUACUGAAACCGUUUGCCCUCACCUUGUUUGGCAAAUCCACAACUUCAUCGGCUUGAUGGCCAGCACCCGUCCAGGCGAUUCUAUGGAAAGCGAUUGCUUCUACAGUCCAGAGGGAUACAGAUUUGGUAUCAGCGUUUAUCCAAACGGGCAUGGUGUGGAUUUCCCUGAUUAUGUCGACAUGUCCAUGCACCUCUGCAGUGGGGAAAAUGACGGGGUGAUGCAGUGGCCUGCUCAAAACAGACAGGUGACCUUUGUGGUCAUGGACCAGGACCCGGAUGUAAAACUGAGGAUGUCUUCAACGAGGAGCUUCACAACAGGUGGGCACAAUGACGCCUCCAGCUGGAUGACAUGGUGACAUGCUGCAGCUCAGUUUUUUUCUUCAGGUUUUCAUGAGCUGGUGAAACUAUCGAUCAGAUUUAAUGUUUGUUGGAAUAAGGGGAGAAAUCACAGCAAAUCAUUCAUGCAUUUAUUGAUUUACUGUUUUCACAGAUGAUAGUGAAUUUUGGAAUAGACCAACCGCCGAUUCAGGAGCAGAGUACGAUCCCAGCUGUGAGUGUUACCGCAGUUUUGACUUAGGCUGGGGCACAUUAAUUCCUCACAAGCAACUGCAGAAGAGGAGCUUCAUCAAGAAUGACAACCUGAUCAUUACUGCAAACUUCGACGGUAAGAGUUUAUUUUUUUCAGCUCUUAGAUCAGACUCAUCAUUCUCCAAACAGCUGAUAUUCCCACGCACCAUAAUUUACAUCUCUGCCACGUUGUUUUUCCAGAUUUGACUCACCUAAUAAACACUGAAGUCAAACCACUUGCCCCGAGUAAGGAUGAUGUCCCAGCUGUUUAAAAUGGAAAUGAAUUGAUUGGAGGCGUGUCUGGAGCCAUGGUGCUGCUGACCUUCGCCGUCUACACUGUCAUCAGGAGAGCUCAGUGAGGUGUGCGCUCACUCGCACGUGGGGCUGUACAUAUCACAAAUCUGCAUCAACUCUUGGCUCACAGACAGACAACCAUUCCCUCAAGAAUCACAUCAGUCAUGU